CGGAGCGGCCCCUCUGCCCGCCCGCCCGCCCGGCGGCACCGACACCCGCCGGGGCUGCUCGCCCGCGCUCUUGCGGCAGAGGCGGGCAGCCGGAGCCCCUCUCCUCCUUCUCCUCCUCCCCCCACCGUGCGGCCCUUGCCAAGAUGUCUCGGGAGCCCGGCUGCAGCCGCUGGCCGCUUUUCGCUGCGUGCGCCUGCCUCUUCCUCCUGCCGCCGCUCCUCGCACGGGCUUUUGCUGUAGGUGUAGCUCCUGGAGCUGCAGAAGAUGAGACUGAACUACCAGUGCUGCAGAAAUCUGAAAAAAGUGGAACAAUUAGUAAAAUAAGCAGAGAAUUAAAAGAAAUUGUAUUUGUCAUCCAGAGUCAAAGUAAUUAUUUUCAUUCCAAGAAAGCAGAAGAUCUAAAAAGAGAUAUUUUAAAACAGGCUGCAGAUCUUGGAAAGGAAUUACCUGUGGUUCUGCUUACUCAUCAGAUGGAAGGGCAUGAAGGUGCAUGGACAAUAUUACCAUUAAUGAGAGACUUCUCUGUUACCUAUGGUAGGAACUCCACAUGGAUUUUCUUCUGUGAAGAAGAUACAAGAAUACAAGUUGUAAAGCUGCUAGAAACACUUGGAAGAUUUGACGGUUCUAAGGAGUGGUUUUUAGGUAAAGCAUUAUAUGAUGAAGAAUCUACAAUAAUUCACCAUUAUGCCUUUGCUGAGAAUCCUACAGUCUUUAAAUUUCCAGAUUUUGCUGCUGGUUGGGCACUUAGCAUUCCACUUGUUAACAAGCUUGCAAAGAAGUUGAAAAGUGAACCACUCAAGUCAGACUUUACAAUAGAUUUAAAGCAUGAGAUUGCCCUGUAUAUUUGGCAGAAAGGGGAAGGACCCCAUCUUACUCCAGUGCCUGAGUUCUGCACAGAUGGUGUGAGCUCCUAUAAGGCUGAUCAUUGUGCAACAACAUUCAGUAAUUUUCUGCCGCUUUGUGGAGAGCCAGUGAAAAAGGAAGAUGUCUUUGUUGCUGUAAAAACGUGUCAGAAAUUUCAUGGAGACAGAAUACCAGUGGUAAAGCAGACUUGGGAAAGGGAAGCUGCCCUUAUUGAAUACUACAGUGAUUAUGCAGACAACUCCAUUCCUACUAUAGAUUUAGGCAUACCUAAUACUGACAGAGGUCACUGUGGGAAAACUUUUGCCAUUUUGGAAAGGUUUUUGAAUUAUAGCUCUCCCAGGACUCCUUGGCUAGUCAUAGUGGAUGAUGACACACUGAUAAGUAUCUUCAGGCUCCGAAAAUUGCUGAGCUGCUACGACCCAAACGAACCGGUGUUUCUUGGAGAGCGUUACGGUUAUGGCUUGGGAACUGGAGGAUAUAGUUAUAUCACUGGUGGUGGAGGGAUGGUUUUCAGCAGAGUAGCUGUUCAGAAACUACUUGCUAGUAAAUGCCGGUGUUACAGCAUGGAUGCCCCUGAUGAUAUGGUGCUUGGGAUGUGUUUCAGUGGCUUAGGAAUCCCAAUAACACACAGUCCACUUUUCCAUCAGGCACGGCCAAUGGACUACCCAAAAGACUACCUUUCUCACCAAAUUCCAGUAUCAUUCCACAAGCAUUGGAAUAUUGAUCCAGUGAAGGUAUAUUUCACAUGGCUGGCACCAAACACAGAAGAGUCAGUUAAUGGAAAGAAAGUUGGAUAUAACAGGGAGGAUUUAUAAACAGCAGAAGACGAGAAGAGUUGAUGAAUGUAUCUCAGAUGAGAGACAGUCACUACUGUGAUUUUUGUUCUGUUCUCACCUUGUUCAUCUGUUCAUGACAUAGAAGCCAAUGUUUUGUUCCUUCUUGUUACAUUCUUUCAGAGCAAGGGAAGAAGGCACCUGAUGGGCUUUUUGAUCCUUUGUUAUACUUGGUUUCUUUCUGAAAGUUUUGGGAGCUUUUGUAUACCAAUGAACUUGACACACCAUUUAUGUUUGAUGCAACUUGGUCUGUGUUCUGGUUUGGGCUUUGAGUCAGACAGCACCCAUUUAUAUCUCUCCUUUGUUCGCUCAGAAGCUGAAGUGAGAUAUUUGGGAGCCUAAUGCUGAACAUGUGUUGACUGUUUAUUGAACAUAUCUGUCAUUGGCCUACAGAAAACAGGUCCCUGUUCUGGAACAGGUUCCUGCUAAAGCAGAGAGGAGGCUGUGACCAGGAGCUAGAUUGUGUGAGGGCUACGUUCUUUUCCCCUCAUCUCAAAUAGAAAUAUUGUACUUUUCAGGGCUAGGUGGACCAAUCUGUGAACCACUGUUGUACCUUCAAGUUUAUUAGCAUUUUUGAGGAAUGUCGUGUUCAAAAUCGAAGGAAAAGGUUAAGGACAGGGAUUUCUUAAGCGGCCACGGGAGGUCACUGUGGCUCCAUCAGAAACCUAAGUCACUGUGUAUGUAUUUGGCAAGUAUAAAUGUAACUCUUAAAGAUUAUUGCAGAACUAACACUUCAGUAUUUUCUGAUGUGUGCAUUCUGAGAGUAUAUGGAUGCCAGCUUUAAUAUUCUGUAGUAUUCCUAAUUUAUAUCAUCAAGAUAAGCAAUUUGAAGCAUACAUGCAAAGAGGGAUUCAUGUUUAAAAAGAUCUCAAUUCUUUUUUCUUUGAGUAAUUCACUUUUGUAAAAAAGUUUGUACAAAAACUAGCUCAAGUAUGUUCUGAACUAAUUUCUAUACUGUAAAACAGCUCCUUUUAAGAUGACAGCAUAUGGCACUUGUAUGCUGUUAUUUAACUUUGCUUGCUGUAUUGUCACCAAAUACGGGGGUUUAAGCCAUAUUGUUGAAGUAAUUUGUGUGAUAUUUUCCUGUAGUAGGUUAAAAAUUGAUUCCGCUCUGAAGUAAUGCAGUACUAGUCAAAGUAGGAGAACCACUGAUUGCUGUUUCAGAAAUUACUGAAGUUGUAUAAAAAUUUGUUUGUGGGUUUAGCUUGUGGAACUUUAAGCAUUUGGAUAGCAAGCAUCUAUUCAUAAUAGAUUCAAGUUCUGAUUAAACAGGAGCAACCCAUAUUAUAUCUUUUUUCUUCCCACUAUCAGUGCCUUGAACAGUAGACAUUUUACUGAUACCGCAGGUAUGUCCUCUGGUAGGAUGGGUGAAUUGUUAAUUAUGUUUACUGUUUAGAACUGUGAGAGCUGAAAACUGAAUAAAAGCUUUCUUCUUUUAA